AUUUCUGACAUCGAUACCACUGUACAGGAAAAACGGCGUAGUGCAGCGAGUCGCCCCCGAUUAGGCGAUCAAUACAAAAAUGAACCGAAAUCAACAGCCCAACUUUCCGGUCAUUUACGAACUCCUCAAGCAGCUGUGCCAGAAUCUCGCCGGAGACCGUUCAAACGAUGUGUUAAAAGAAGUGACCCGGCUCAUCAAACACAAACCGAACUCGAUCGUCAACUAUGGUGCCACAUCGGUUGCGGCAAGUGAAUCUAUGAUAGUGGCGCGUAUCAACCGGCUGCUAGCCUCCAGAAGCCAAGCAAGCGUGAACGUUUUCAAUGGCUUUUACGACGAGCUGGUGUCGAUGACCGAAAGCAAACAAAGGACACCUAUUUUGGAGUUCCUGUUCCAUCUCGCUGAUUCCGACAAGAGUGCCUGUGCCAGCGGUCUUAAGGUAGAUUUGCGGAAUGAUGCAGGCUUUGCGGGGACGCUGGACAGUGUGUUUUCGAAGCUGAGCGUAGACUCGGGCAUCGGCGGCAGCGAACGGUUGAUGAAAUCACGGUCCGGUGGCACCGUGUCCGGUUCGACCGGCAGUCUCUGUGACACGAAAGCAUUGGUAGCGGAUGAUGCACAGCUUCAGAUUGCCGAUCGUAACGAGCUGGAGGAUCUGCUGAUACAGGACGCCAUCUAUGCUUGCACGGGCAUUGAGGGCAAGUACUUGCGCAAGAACUUCGUGACGGGUGAAUUCAAGCUGCACCACAUUCACGGGCGAAAUCUGAACGCCUGCGAUGCCGGAAUGUUGUUACGGUUGGCCGAAGUCGGCUACUUCUACAACAAAGUGUCGCGAUUCAUCAACCCCAAAAGUGAUGCGUACUUGAUGGGCAACUUUGGGCAGGGAUACAUCACGGCGUUACAGAAAGAGCUGACCAACUAUUACGGGUUGAUUGCGAAUCUGCAGGAGAAUCUGGACCGUCAGCGGCAGACGGGCGACAGUGCCGAACGGAUGACGCUCAUCCGCACGAUGGUGUGGCUUGUCGAACCGAUGGAACGUCUGCAGUGGUUGGCGGUAAUCUCGGAAGCGUGCCGUGAGGUAAAGGGAGGCGCACUCGCUUCCGCUAUUCACAAAUUUAUCUGGCACGGCGACCCGAUGGUACGAACGAUCUCGCGUGAACUGUUGCAAUCCGCCUGCAUACCGUUGCAACAGAUGCUUACACAGUGGCUAACGGAUGGUAAGAUCGUUGAUCCGCACUGUGAGUUCUUCAUCGAGGAGCUGACGGACGUUGGGUACAAUCGGCUGUGGCACGACGAGUUUCGCCUGCGCCCCUCAAUGGUCCCCUCGUUCAUCUCGGACACGCUGGCAAAGCAGAUACUGGUCAUAGGGAAGAGUAUUAACUUUUUGCGCGAAAUUUGCAAAGACCGUGCCCCCGUACCGGAGCGGACCGAUUUGAAGAAAUGUCUCAACGAACAUCUGGACUACCUGUACAGCGCGCACAACAACACCGAGCUGCACGUGCUUAUCGACAGUGUGUACCUCAAAACGUCGAAGCGUGUGCUAGACAUCGUGCUCGGGCCUCACCAACUGUUUGACCAUCUGAAGGCGAUGCGUGACUAUCUGCUGUUGGGGCAAGGCCACUUUGCGGAUGUGCUGAUGGAAAAUCUAAAGGAGGAGCUGGAUCGCCCGGCCAAGGACAUCUAUCAGCAGGAGCUGUUUUCGAUUGUGGCGGCUGCGGUGCGCAAAUCGGCCGCCGAACAAGAGGAACCCUCUGUGCUGAACUAUCUGGAUGUACACUUUCUCAAACCCUGUGAGGGUGAUACCGGUUGGGAUGUGUUCUGCCUAACGUACAAAGUGACGGGACCGUUGGUAACAAUCUUCCAGCCUGUGCAGUGCACCUAUCGCGCCCUGUUCAAGCAGCUGUGGAAUAUGAAGCGCUUCGAAUUCAUUCUGUACGGCAUCUGGCGCAAUCACAUGCUGAGCACGAGAUGCUACAAGCCCAUCGCGAACGACAUUAGCGUGGUCAAGCAACACCUGCAGACGUACUGCUCGAAGAUGAUCAACAUCAUUACGCAGAUGCAGUAUUACAUCCUGUUCGAGGUGAUCGAGUGUUCCUGGGAGCAGUUCAGCGCACGCGUCAAGCAGGCAAAGGCGCUGGACGAUGUGCUGGAAGCGCACGACAAGUUUCUGGAACGGAUCCGCACCGGCAUCUUCUCGGAUCAGUCGACAAUUUUGUUUAGCAACUGUCUGGAGAAAAUAUUCAGCUCCGUCCGCAAGCUCGACGAAUGGCAGAUGAAUUUCUACAAACUGUGCAAUCGCGAAAUGGACGCGCGGAAAGCGUUCGACGAGUACAUCAAAUCGAGCGAAGCGAAGGGUACGUACGGCGUAAAUGCGGAACGGGCGCUCGAGCGCGACGAGGAGCUGCAGGACUUUGAAGCGAAGUUGAUGCAGUGCCAGCAGGCGCUCGCCGAGAUUGGGGUGGAGUACGAAAACUCGGUGGGCCACUUCCUGUACCAGCUAGCCGUAUCGCCGAUGGAGUCGUUACCGCAGCUGUGCAUGCGGCUGGACUAUAACGAGUAUUACAAGCACCGGGAUGAGCGGUUAAGCGUACCGCUCACGUUUCAGCAUAUGCGCAAAAGCAUGGCCAAUAACUUUGGUCGCAAAUGAUCGAGCGAGACCGAGGAGCAGGUGUGCCAGGAAUGUUCCGUGCAAGAGCCAGCGCCGGCCGAUGUACUGGACCGGUCCGAUCUGCUGGUUGUGAAACCGUCGCGUAAGCAUGCGCUCGACGUGCUUAUCCACAAUCGUUCGCCGUGGUUAAUGAAAUACAAUUGCUGCGAUCUUAUGUAGGUGCUGUGUUUCCGUGCGAUGGUAGCGAAGGUAUUCGCUUCAUUCGGUUUUAUUGCGCAAGAAUGCAGUUGUGUCUGUGCCAAUUAGCGCUUUCUUCGUUUGUUUUUGUCGUUUAGAGGUUAACACACAAUAAACAAUGUUCUGGCCAAUUUUA